AUGGAGGACAAAACUGUAAAGUCUCCUCCUUUGGUCGGGGACGAUGUCACAAACAUUAUAGUAGAACCUGCAAAAUGCACUCUUUUGACGGAAGCAGGUGGGCUUGGCGAUGUUGCUGGGGCUUUACCGAAGGCCUUGGCUCGGCGUGGACAUAAAGCUAUGGUUGCGGCACCACAGUAUGAUUUUGUGUUCAUGGACAGCCCUAUGUUUCGUAAUAUUGAGGAAAAUAUAUAUGGGGAAGGCCGAGAGGAUAUUUUAAAACGCAUGGUCCUCUUCGGUAAGGCCGCCCUUGAGGUCCUCGACUGUAAGCAUACCCGGUGCAUUGUUAGGAUCCACAACAUAGCACACCGGGGUCGUAGUCCAGUACGUGAUUUCUGUUAUAUGGAUCUUCCACAAAACUACUUCAAACUAUAUGGCCCAAGAGGUAGGGAACACUUCAAUGGCCUUGCAGCUAGCCUGAAUGCAGCAAAGCGGGUAGUCACUAUAAGCCAUGGUUACGCCUAG